UUGUUAUAUUUUCAUUGUAAAUGUAAUACAUCUAGUUUGUCUCAAAACUCGUAAAACAGUGUUUACAUUGGAUACAAGUAAACUUUAUUCUAUACGACAUUACUGUCUAUCGGUUUAAGUUACUGCUUAAAAAUGUCUUCACCGACUGAAGAAAGCGUUAGGCGCAACAGUGAGAGCGAGGGAGGCGAAGUGGAAACCCCAGAGCAUGACCCCCAUUACGACCCCAUCGUGUCGCUGCCGCUGGUGGACAUUCACACGAACGAGGAGGAGGAGGUGGAGCUGGUGAAGAUCCGCGCACGGCUCUACAGAUACGACACGGCCGAUCAUGAGUGGAAGGAGCGCGGCACAGGCGACAUCAAGCUCCUCCGGCACAAGGCGAACAACACUGUGCGUGUGGUGAUGCGUCGUGACAAGACGCUCAAAGUGUGCGCCAACCACUUCAUCACCCCCGACAUUCGUAUGAACGUGCACUGUGGCUCCGAUAAGGCCUUUAACUGGUCCGUGUUCGCUGACUUUGCUGAUGAGACAAUGAAGCAAGAACUUCUGGCUAUCAAGUUUGGCAAUCCUCAAAAUGCUGAACUGUGGAAGGCGAAAUUCGCCGAAGCGCAAGAAAUAGUCCGGACUAAAUGUAGCCUGUAUACCCAGGAUCUGUCGUCCGAUGAUGAAAGCAGCAUCACUCGGAGCGAGGACACGGACACUCCAGAGCCAAAGAGUUCCGACAAGUCUGAUGAAAAAACAACGGAUAAAACUGAUAAGGAUUCGGAAGGUGUUGUUCUGAAGCUCAAAGAGCUCACAGUGGAAAGUGAAAAAUCCGAAUAACUUGCUUAGUUUAGUGUCUAGUUUGUUAGUGUACUGUAACAUGUAAUGUUUCAUAAUUUUAUUAGUAAUAAUAACGUAAAACUGCCACAGUUUGUAAAAUCGAAUGAUGAGUGUCUUAACCUCUCAAUUUACACUGUUGUUGAAUGGUCAGAAGAAAAAGACGAUUUUUGUCAUGCUUUUUUCGAAUAUUGAUGAUGUAAGGCCAUAGUUCAAUUUAGAGCUAAGUAAAGAUGAAAUGCCAGGUUAUGAAACGAAUCAAUUGAUAUGUGAGUUAGUGUGUGAUUUCGGGAUAUCAUGUGAAACCAAAAAUAGUAGUAUUUCUUAUUUUUAAGACUGGGGUUGGUUGCAUAAAACUGUUGUUUUUAAACUACUUGCUAAAAUGAUCAUGCCUCUAAAUCACACAAAUAACA